UAUUGAACAAAUAUAAAUGUAAUUCCACAAAUGUUUCAGACACAAAAAAUGUAAAUUUAUGAUUUAAAACUAAAAGUCACAAUACUAAAUUUGCGACGAACUCACAAAGAUGUCGCGCAGUGCAUCCACAAUUUCGUCAAGUAAUAACCAUGGACUAUAUUGAGAAGUAAACAAAGAAUUAUUUUCAAACACAAAUUGCACGGGACAAAAGAAACCAACGCACUUGCAUCCGCACCCCCUGUCCCAGAAGCACACCAACAACAAAUACCACAUGGAAGGAUUCGAUGCCAUAUAUUAUGAAGAGGAAGAAAUCAACCAGGAAGAGAGCGAGCCGGCGGAUGUAUGCCUUGUGCCUGACCCUGUUGUUAUACGAGGGGCUGGAAACAUGACUGUGUUUGGUUUAAGUAAUAGGUUUAGCACAGAAUUCCCCAGUGGCUUGGUAUCUAGAGUCGCGCCAGAGGAAUACAAAGAGACUGUCAUGAGAAUCAAUGCGAUACUCAAGAAAACUUUACCUGUUAAUGUCAAGUGGUUGUUCUGUGGAUGCUUGUGCUGUUGUUGCACUUUAGGUUGUUCACUUUGGCCAGUAAUAUGCUUAAGUAAAAGGACUCAACAUUCCUUAAAUAAGUUAUUGGAAUGGGAAAAUAGCUACUUGUACAACAAAUUGGGAUUGCACUGGCGGUUGAGCAAGCAACAGUGCGAUUCGUCGUCGAUGAUGGAAUACGUUAUUCUAAUAGAAUUUUUACCAAAAAUUCCUAUUUACCGACCAGACUAGCACAGAUUCAGAUCAAUGUCCUUCCUCUUUAUACUAAAAUUCCUAUAAAACACGUAUUUUCUAAAUAAAGCAUACUGUACUAAAAAUCUUUCUAUCUAUGUACUUCUUGAUGGAUACUUUUUAAUAUAAAGAGGGAGCAUCUAUGUUUGUGUGUGUAUAUAUAUAUUUAUAUAUAUUUCCUAAUAGUAGGAACUUAUUUAUCGCAUAUAUAUUUGUUAAAUAUAACAAAUACUUAAUUACUUAAUUUAAAAGGGCCAUAUUUUUGUGGAGGCUUCAUAUAAACAAAUUAUUUAAACUACUCUAUUUUAAACUGGUUUGUGUUGUUUAAUUUUGUAAAUAUUAUUUUUAUAAGGCUCCAAACUAUAUACUUAGAAUCGAUACAUGGCAAAUGUGGGAGUAUUUUAAUAUCAUACCACCAGUGAAAGAAGAGAAUUCUUAACUGUUCUUAUUAUAUCUACUUAGCUUUACUUGUUACCUAAUGUGGAAUUUGUGUUUUUACAUUACUCACUAUGAGUAAAUCUAAUAUUUUACUUGUUACAAUUGUUUGUAUCAGUGACCUUCCUCAAGUGUGUUUGUUAAGAUUAUUUUACUGUUAUUUUAAUUUUAAUUCAACAACUAUUGAUCAAAUGUUCGUAUUUAUUAGGGUUAAACAAAUACAAAUAUUUUAACUUAAUUAUUUUUAUUGAAUUUUUACAUGAAAUAAUAGUAGAUAACGUUCAUUGUUGUUUUAGAAUUUUCCCUGUUAUUGUUGAAGGUUGCUGUUACAAAAUUAACACGAUACCAUUAAUUGUUGUAAAUAUAUCUAUCUGCGUUUAGAUGAAUCUAAAACAUAUGGCACCCCUAGUUUAAAAGCAACAUAUCUACGACUCCACUCAUUUUAAGUUACACGUUUAAAGGAAACAACUUUUCGCAGAUGUGAUUUGAUUUGACUGGGUGUGUGAUAUAUGUAUGUGAUAAUAGGAUCUACAAAAAUAAACUGUAUCAUUAAUUCGUUAAGCAUAAUAAAUGAAAUUUUGAUAUUAUUUUACUUGUAUUCGGCUUAGAAAUUUUUAUAACUUAUUUUAUAUUAGUUUUAGUAUUACUAUUUUUAAGUACGGGUUAUUCAGAAAAAUGAGCUUAGUGCAAUGCAUUGUUGAAGUGUACCUUAGUUUUUGAAAUUUAUCUGCGAUUAAUAUGCUUAUUUUAGAAAAAAUUGUUUCAUAAGUUGGUCCUUGAAUUUUUAAAUUUAAUUCUGAUGUUAUUUUGUAGCAUUUAAUAUAUUGUUAAUAAUUGUAAAUAA